AUGUCAGUAUUUGACAUGUGCUGGAAUACUGAGGGUGAUCAAGCGCCGACAGUGCAAACACCGACUGCAACACAAUUGGCCGACCCACAAGUUACAGGCUCAACAUUUGACAUGUGUUGGGACACUGAGGCUGAUUCAGCGCCGAGCAUUGACAUGCAUGCAGCCGCACCACUGGUGUCAUGUAAAUAUGACCUUUGUUGGGAUAAGGAACACAGUCCACCAAUGGUUGAUCUUGCACCAAUCCUGGAACUGGCGACUGCUGAAACUCAGAUUGUGGAUGCCAGCAUACCCUUGUCGGCCAGUCAAUAUGAUAUGUGUUGGAUUGAUGGUCCAUGUGCAUCGGCGGUGGGAUAUGCAGCCAAUUUCGAGAUGUGCUGGGAAGAUUUGCCAUUGGGCGGAGAUGAUCACUUUGACAGUGCUUCCACUGCUGCACUGCUCAUUGACUUGGUUGAUUCAGGUUUGUUGGAAUUGUGUAUUAGUGACAGGUUAGUACAGUCAGGUGCAGCGGGUGACACACCAGUAUCAUAUGAUAUGUGUUUCGAUAAUUGCUCACCGGCCGCAUCUCCAGCACCAAGUAAUGGCUUGCCUAGUCAAAUGGUUGACACUGGUGAGGAAUUGCUGCGCUGA